AUGUCACGGCCUGCAGCUGGCUCUGGGUCGCCGGUCUGCCCAUGCCGCCACGAGCUCCUGCACCUCCAGCUCCUGCUCAGCCGGGAGAUCUUUGUCACGGAGCGGAUGGAUAUGCAUCUCGUCUGGACGACCGGCCGGAUGUCCCUCAAGCCGAUCCCGCGCUUCCUUUUGGAGCCGGCGUUUUGGGCCAAAUAUCUCUGUUGCGCACAAAGUUGCGACCGCUCUCCUGGCAACGAUACCAGCCGAGGUAGCACGACACUGACAUGCCAGCGCCUAGGACUUCGGCAGCGUGCGCUCGGCUUCCUGUUCUCCUACGCCGUACUCAUGUCCCACGAGAGCGACUUCCGUAUCGCCCGAGAAAAGCAUAUGGUGCCGCAGGAAGCACGCUGGCCUGCAUGA